AUGGAUAAUAAACCCAGCGAGUGCUGUUGGAAAGCAGUGCUUGUCGUGUGUCGAUUUUUGGGGAUCGUAACAGCGCUAGUUCUUUGGGGUGUUGGUGUGGAGUAUGUCUACUAUGGAACAGUUUUUGGAAUUUACUUUAUUGUCAUUGCUAUCGUGACAUCCUUUCUGGAAAUAGUAUUCCUUCUGAACCAUGUUGUUGAAGUCUGUGCCAGCCACACCAGUUUGUUUAUGAGCGUAUGGGAUAUGAUCUUGAGCUUUGAUGACUGGAAGAAGGGUGGCCUGUACUUUAUUCUCUUUGCCCCACCAUGUUUUGUGAAGCCUGCAGAGGUCAUGCUGGGCAUUCCUGCAGGCUGCCUGCUGAUAGUUACUGGAAUUUUUUAUAUGUUGAAAACAUUCAAGACCAGACGGGAUGAGGAGAAUGCCAGCAUACUGCAAAUUGCACCUUAUGACAGGUUUGCAGAGGCCCCAACAGAAGACAUUGAGGAUGACAUUGUCACCAUGACAAACAACCCAACCAGCGGCAUAACAAGUGUAGCAGAGCAGUCAGAAAUUUUGGACUUGUAG